AUGACGAUGAGCGAUUCGCUAUAUCAGGGCCGUCCGGUCCCUGAGGACCGCAUGGGGGACAUGGAAAAGGGCGAGUACUUCUACGGCACUUUUCGCGGUGAUCAGAGUGAAAAAAGUGCGGAACAGGAACGGUCAUUCGGAGUGCGUGUCAUGAUGAGCAUCGCUGCGCUUAUUCUGCUCUCGUUGGGCUUUUCGGUCACUGGAAAACCAGUCCCAACCACGACCUCUGACCAAUCCUCCUGCGACACUGUCGACGGGGGAUACCAAUGCUUCUCCAAUGUCUCCCAUCACUGGGGACAGUACUCUCCCUACUUCGCCGUAGAGAGCCAGUCCGGCCUCUCUGGUGACGUCCCCUCAGAGUGCCAAAUUACCUUUGCGAAUAUACUCUCGCGACAUGGAGCUCGGUACCCAACAGCAUCCAAGAGCUACAAGUAUUCAUCCCUCAUCAAGAAUAUCCAGAAAAACGCGACCUCGUUUCCGGAUAAGUAUGCCUUCCUCGAGACAUACGAGUAUAAUCUAGGCGAAGACGACCUGACCCAAUUCGGCGAAAACCAACUCGUCAACUCGGGAAUCAAAUUCUACAACCGCUACGAAAACCUCACAAGAAACAUCGUCCCGUUCAUCCGCGCAUCCGGCUCAGACCGCGUCAUCGCCUCCGGCGAGAAAUUCAUCGAGGGCUUCCAAUCUGCUAAGGCCCAAGACCCUCACGCCAAAAACCAAACAACCCCCACCGUCAACGUCGUCAUCGCCGAAGGCUCCCAAUACAACAACACCCUCGACCACAGCAUCUGCAUGAGCUUCGAGAACAACGACGACUUCGAAGACCAGGUCGCCGAUAACUUCACUACCCUCAUCACCCCCUCCAUCCGCAAGCGCCUCGAGGCCGACCUCCCAGGAACAUCCCUCUCAGACUCCAACAUCAUCAACCUCAUGGACAUGUGCGCCUUCGACACCGUCGCCCGUACCGCAGACGGCAGCAGCCUCUCCCCCUUCUGCAACAUCUUCUCCGCCGAAGAAUGGCGCCAGUACAACUACCUCAACAGCCUCAAGAAAUACUACGGCUACGGUGCAGGGAAUCCCCUCGGACCCGCCCAAGGCAUCGGCUACACAAACGAGCUCAUCGCCCGUCUAACCCAUACCCCGGUGCACGACCACACGAGUACAAACCGCACCCUCGACUCGAACCCCAACACUUUCCCACUAAACACAAACCUGUACGCGGACUUCGGGCACGACAACGGUAUGAUCUCGAUUUUCUUCGCCCUGGGCCUGUACAAUAGCACGCAGGACCUCUUGCAGGAUACCAUUGAAUCCGCGAGGGACGCAGGCGGGUACUCGGCGUCGUGGGCUGUGCCGUUUGCUGCGCGCGCGUAUAUCGAGAUGAUGCAGUGCGGGUCGGCGGAGACGGAGCCGCUUGUCCGUGUGCUUGUUAACGACAGAGUCGUGCCGUUGCAUGGGUGUAAGACUGAUGAGCUGGGGAGGUGUCGGAGGGAUGAGUUUGUGAGGGGACUGGGGUAUGCGAGGUCUGGGGGAAAUUGGGGGAGCUGUUUCAAGUGA